AAUAAGUUGAGAAGCACAAAUUGGACUUUGCGUUCUUCUCCACCCACCUUCUAACAUCCUUCAAUUUCAAAUCUUUCUCUAUAAUUCCGUCACCCUUUCGUUUCUAAAUGGCGGAAUCAAACGGAAAGACCAGCCUUGCAUCCAUCAGGGAAUGGGUUGUACAACACAAGCUUCGAACUGUAGGGUGCUUGUGGCUGAGUGGAAUAUCUGGAUCGAUUGCUUACAAUUGGUCUAAACCUGCCAUGAAGACCAGCGUUAAGAUCAUUCAUGCCAGGCUGCACGCACAAGCCCUUACUCUGGCUGCACUAGCAGGGGCGGCUGCAGUGGAGUAUUAUGAACACAAAUCAGGAGAGAAGGCGGUUCGUUACUCAAAGUUCAUUCAACUGGACACCACCCACUCACACAAAGACUGAUGAUGAAUUUGAAUCCUUUUGGGUUAUGGUUUUUAACUAAUUUCUUCUAGACUGGUUGGGUGGUGGGUGUUUAGCAUUUUGAUUUAGAACAAUCUGGCCUUCAUUUUGAAAAAUUGUAAAACUAUUAUUUUACUUGGUAAAAAAAAAAGGAGUAUUCUUGGAUGAUU